GAAUGAAUAAAAAUAACCAUUACUCGUAGGUACCUUUGCCUGUAAGAGUUUUCAGACAUGUACGCGAAAAUUUCACGCUUCGAAGAUACUCGUAUAUAAAGUCAUUAAUCUUGUUCUGUUUAACUCGUCACCAAAUGGUCUUGUGGAGGGGGGGGAUAUUGUACAUUAAGCUCGUAUUUGUAUACUUCCUGUUGCAAAGCUUCCAAACAAGAUGAAUAAUUUUUUUCAAGUAUCAAAGAAAAGUACGAAUUUACUGUCAUUUUUACUUCUUUUCUAUCUUUCUUUCUUUUUUAUUUUUUACCGGUGAAAUUUAUAUAUAGGUCAUUGUACAAAAUUAUCGUGUAUUUCCGUAAGUGAAAUGAGAUGCGCGGUCGUGUCGAGCGAAAUAUUGACUUUGAUGUGUAGGUUGAUAUAUUUUUUGACUGGUACAACGAAAGUAGACUCAAGGAAACGCAUAAAAGUUCAUUAGUCUGCGAAAAAAAUUAUUGAACGCGAGUGCUGAUGUCAUUAUGACGAUUAAUUGCCAACGUGAUCGAUGACGGAUGUUUAAUAAUGCGAGGUGGUUCAGACGUCAUCGUUUUGUAGGCAUAUCGUCAUUAGAUUUCAACCGGGUUGGUUUACCUACAUAGGUAGGUAAGCGGAAUGGAAAGAUGUAGGAGGAUGGAGGAAAUUGGCAAUGGUUUAUUUUGAGAAUGACGCUAUCGUUUCUUCGAUAGAAAUGCGUCGAUUUUAUGAACUGAUUGAUGAUUUUUCUGAAAAUUAUGAAUGAAAUUCGUGUAGAUGUUUUGAUGCUUGCGUUCGUUCCUAACUUGAACGUUUUUCUCUCGAUGUUUUGACGAUGAAUUUGAGGUAAACAUUGCAUAAUUUUGAAAGAUUUGUGUAUUAAGUAAUUUUAGUGUAUUUGUUCGAUUUCUGAGCAAUAUGCAUCGACUUGGGUAUGUUUUUUUACGCUAAGAGUCGAGUCCGAAAUUUUUAUGACGACCGACUGCGUCUCGUUAAUUUUUGAAAAUUUGUAAUUUGGAAAAAAUUGUGUUGAAAUUUUGAAAUCUUGGUUAAAAGUUUCAUCAAUUUUUAAUUUAUGUAUUUAGAAAGUACAAGCCUGUCUGAUUUUGAAAUAUUUUGUCUGGUAUGGGAACCUCUCGAGGCAUCUAUCUUCGAUUUGAACAGGACUGCGAUUUUUUUUUUUUGAAAAGAUCAUGGUUUGACACCCCGUAGUCAUAAUUUCAGCUGGCCAAAUUGAUUAUUUUUAAUUUUUGACGAGUUUUUGAAAAUUUAAAAUUGAUUAUUUUCGACUACAUAUUUAUUAAAAGUGUGUAUACUUAUUCAGUAAAAAUGGUGGAUAUCAGUCCUGAAACUACGAGUAAUAUUAUUUCACCCAACCCGAUUUUCACAAUUUCUGUUCAUUUUGGAGUCUCCAACUCGAUUUUCGAUUUCUUCAAAAUUGAAAAUUUUCUUCAGAAGGCGUGGAAAUUGAUUUGGUCAACUAAAAAUCGUACUAUGGCUUAUUCUCGACCUGUUUAAAGGGGUAAUCCUCAUUUUAACCAAUUUCCAGGCAGACACUCCAAAGUGCGUUUUUUGACCAAAAUAUUAGGUGAAAAAGUUUUUAAAAUCAAAAUUUUCGUGUUCGUAGAGAAAUUUUUGAAACUGACACGAAUAGUUGUAUCUUGUCUGAAACUAACCUCCCAAAUUUUAAAUUCUUAAUUUUUUUAAGCCACUCUGGAUCCUCCAGCUGGAUUUUCAUUUUCUCCAGAUUUUUGAGUGUAAAAUAAUUUGGGCAGAUAAAAAUCUUGUCGAAGUCAAUUUUUGGACCAAUUUAACGAGAGUUUAUUCACUUUCGGGCCGAUUUUAUUUGUAAGGGAAAAAAUUCAAAAAAUUAAGAGUUUAUUCUGUUCCAAGGGGAAUUUUUGAAAUUUGCUGGAAUGACCAUAUCUUGUCUGUAACCAAACCUUCGAAUCCAAAUUUCAAUAUCCUGGACCAUGCUGGAACCGCCAGCGUGGUUUUCGAUUUCUCCAGAAUUUUUCAAUUUCAACAAAAGGGAUGAGAAUUAAUUUUGACAACGUAAAAUUUUAUUGACUUGCCAAUUGACCUUGACUUGUUUAAUAAGUUGACUCACAUUUAAGAGAUUGAUGAUUAUUUCUGGUAAAUUCCUGGAAAUUUUUUGAUGUCAUUUUAAAAUAAAUGUUGUCUGGGCUUCAAGAACUUGAAGUUAAAACCCCCUAAAUCGUCAAAAAAUUAUACGAUUUCAGAAACUUGCCAAAAAUGCAAGAAAAAUGGUAACACUGCUGAAAGUUUAGAAACAUUUGUCGAAAAUGCAGAAAAAAGUAUUAGAAACAUGUCAAAACAAUGUAAAAGCACUGAAAAAAAAAAAAAAAAAAAAAAAAAAAAAACAUUAGAAUUACAUAAUAUUGUUAAUUGCCAAUGAAUGAUAAAAUACAAGCAAAUGCUGCAAAAUUGUGUAAAAAAGUGGUAAAAACACAAAUGUUCACCAAAAUUUAACAAAAAUGGAUGAAAAAGUAUUGGAAACAUGUCAAAACGAUGUGAUAACCCUAAAAAAACAGAAAAAAAAUCAUUAAAAUUACUUGAGGUAAAUUGUCAAAAAAUGAUAAAAUACCAAUUAAUGCUGCAAAAUUGUAUAAUUGACAAAAUUUGUCAAAAAUACAUGAAAAAGUGUUGGAAAACAUCUUAAAAGGAUGUAAAAAAAAACUCAAAAAAGCGUUCAAAUUGCAUAAAAUUACCAAAAAAAUGAAAAUUCAGUAUUUGCCAAAAGUCCAUGAAAAAGUGUGAAAAACGUGUUUAAAUGAUGCACUUACCUAUCUAGUUAAUAAUCCUCACAGAAUCAAUAAAAACACUGCAAAUAAACAAAAAACGUUGAAAUUUGUCAGAAAUGCAUAAAAUAUAUGUGUAAUUUUGAAAACAGGUUGAAAUGAUGUAAAAAUAUUCAAUUGAGCAUAAAAAUUAUGUACACUAAUUCAGGAAAAAAAUAAUGAAAUCCCAGCAAAUUGUCUCUAUACUCCUUGACAAAAUCCUAAAAACUCGUUAAAAUGAUUUUUCCUAUCUAGGGGUGAAAAGUACUACUUUAGUACUUUCCACCCUCGUUCAGGAAAAAUUACUCCACUAAACUCGGAGAAAAAGUGAUUUUGAACUCGUGUGAGUUGUUCCCCUCACUUCGUUCGGGUCACAAACCUCACCCUCGUCCAAAAUCACUUUUUCGGCCCUCGUUGUGUAAUAUACUAUAACCUCCACUCCCCCCCAAAAAAAAACACUGAACUUUAAAAUUUUAGCUAAAACCUGACAAAAUGCAAAAUUUGCUAAAAUUGUGUUGACAUUUUGAAAAAUAAUUUUUAAAAAAUCGCUGUAAAUCUAAAAAAAAGGAUGAAAUUUCAGAAAACUUCUGUAGAAUUAUGUGAAAAAGUACGUAUUGAAAAUGUGCUGAAAUGAUGCAAAAACACUCAAAAAAAGCAUCAAAUCACGAAAAAUUAACGAAAUAAAGCUGCAAAAUUUAUCAAAAAUGCAUGAAAAAGUGUCUAAAACAGGUAAAAAUGAUGCAAAAAAUACUCAGUUCGAAAUCAUUAAAAUCAUUGUAAAAAUAGUGGCAUAGCCAGAUUUUCUCAAGGUAGGAGAAAAACCAGAUUUUCAGGCAUUAAAAAUCGAAAUUGGAGAAAUUUUUUUUGAAAAUUCUCAGUAAUGUAUGAUGAUUUUAUUAAAUUAAAGCAAAAUUAAAUUGUUGCUCGAACGAAGCGAGAACCAAAAUUUUUUGAAAUAAUGGGUCCAAAAAACAAAAAGCGUCCAUUUUUGUACAUUGUAUUUUGAAUUCUCAGUCGCAAGUGGUAACUUUUGAGAACUUGAAAAAAAAUCAAAUUGCUGGUAUUAUGCCAAACCCUCAAAAAUGGCUUUUGAACAUUUCAUAAGGAUUUUAAAAACUUAAAAAAAUUCUUUGGAGUUUCUAAAAUGUGAAAUCAUGAGUCAAUUAUUUAAUUUUAAAAAUUGUUCACGAAUUAGAGUUGAUUUUUACACCAUUUAUCCAGCACAUAAUUUUCAACGUUUUCAGUCUAGUGAAUGAUGAAUUACGAUUUUUUUUUUCUGAUAUGAAAAUCGCAAUUUUUCCAAUUGAUAGUGAGGGACAAAGAGGCAGUAAUUUUUAUAGCUCUAAAAAAAUGUUCAAACCCUUUCGCAAAUAUGUAGGUAUGUGCCCUACUGUAGGAAAUUUUUGGUGAUCUGGGACAUUUCUAAUUUUUUUUAACUUGGUAAUUCUAGUUUGCUAAUGCUGUUAGUCAUUGUAUGAAAAUAGGUACAUUAAAGUACAGUGGGUUACGCUUAUUGUGUUUUAACUGUAUGCGGUGAAUGGAAUAAUCCGCUUAAUGGAAAUGAAGUGGGUUGGAACGGAACGUUAGCAUCUCCCCACUUCCACGCACGUUGUAUCGUUUUCGUUUAUAACGAUAAAGAAGGGCAUUGCACUCGGUUAAUAGAAUUGAUUAUUCUCUACAAGCUGAAAUAUGAAGGUUUACUUGUACCUUCUGCGCUUGGUAGAUAUUUCAGUAUGUUUUGUUCGUUGUUAAAUGCUACAUGUAUAGACCACAUUUAUCGAAUAUGAGUGCGCGACGCGAUUUAACACUGAUAGAAAAGUGCGAUUUAUUGAAACAAUACGACAAUCUUCCGCGAAUGAGUCAAGCUGGUGCUGCGCAAACAUUAGGAAUACCUCAGUCUACUUUAUCGAAGCUUUUGAAAAACAGAUACAAGCUCGAAACAUCUUUAUGGAGCAAUGAUCAGCCAACCAGAAAGAGGAAGAGAACAGGCAAGGAUAAAGAUGUUGAAAACGCUCUGAAGGAAUGGUAUAUAUCAGUUUGUGAAAAAGGUGCUAGAGUCAGCGGCCCUCAAAUGAUGCAAAAAGCUGAAGAAAUUGGCAGACAAUUAGGUAAAGAGUUUCAACCUACAAGUGGCUGGUUUUUUCGAUGGAAGCAAAGAGAAAACAUUACUCGUGUAAAAUCUUGCGGUGAAGGUGAAGUUGGAGUUGGAGAAGACGAAGCUGUAUCAGCUGACGAAUGGUUAUGUAACGUGUGGCCUACGAUCAUAAAUGAAUACUCCGAGGCUGACAUUUAUACUGCAGAUGAGACUGCAUUGUACUAUAGAGCUGCACCAGAGCAUUUGUGGAUUUUUAGAGAAGAAAAUGCAGAAGCUAAAGGUGUUGAAGCUUAUAAACAACGUGUUACUGUGCUGUGUUGUGCGAGUAUGUCGGGUGAGAAAAAAGAACUUUUAGUGAUCGGUAGCAGAAAAAACCGAAGCUGUUUCGAGGGAGUGAAAAAACUUCCAGUUGAGUAUUGCUCCAAUUCGAAUGCUUGGAUGACUUCGGUUAUUUUUUCCAAAUGGUUAAAAACAUGGGAUGAGCAAUUGAAUCGCAACAUCGUGCUCUUAAUUGAUACCUGUAUAGCUCACAAUUGUAAUGUGGAGCUUGAAAACAUUAAACUUGUUCAUCUUCCUGCCAACACUUCGAUUUCGCUACCUUGUGAGCGGGGGAUUAUUCAAACAAUGAAGUCUCACUACAGAUAUCAAAUGUGUAGCAGAAUUACAAACCAUUUUGACGAGGUGUAUUCUAUCAAAGAUGGAUUUCCAGAUGAUGAUUUGGCGAAGAAAACAUCUCUGUUGGAUGCUCUACACCUUCUUGUUACUGCUUGGAAAUCAGUGCCCGAAUCCACUAUACGGAAUUGUUUCAAAAGAGCUGGUUUUGUACCAAAAAAUCAUGAUACGAAUGAAGAAACUACUCUUCCGCUACCAAUUCCAGCUGAUAUGGACUCGAAUUUGUAUGAAGAAUGGGUAAACAUCGAUCAAAACUUAUCCACUUCUUGUCUUACCGAGGAAGAUGAAUUUUUAUUGUGUGCUGAUCAGAUAAACCAAUCGAGCGAUGAAAUUGAUGACGGGAUUGAGCCUCCUCCAAAACCUCCUUCUCAUCAAGAAAUGCUGAAGGCGAUUGAAGUUUUAUCAAAUGGUGUUCAGUACUAUAGCGAUACGUUUGAUCUACAUAACAAUUACGUUAAAUUUAUUCUGAGGAUGCUUGAAAAAAAUAAAGAACAAAAAUAAUAUUGACAAAUUUUCAUAAAUAUUUUUGAACAAGACUGAUGAAAAUUGGAAGGGGAUUUCAAAAUACACCGAUAGCAAAAAUUUCAGUUGCUUGAUUUCAUUUUUUGAUUUUUGGUGAAUUUUUAAAAAUUCAAAAGACCAUUUCUCAUGAAAAAAAUCAAUAUUUGACUAAAUUGAUGUGAAAUGCUGGAAUCAGCUUUUACCCUGUUUUUUGUGUCUCGAGUUGAUUUGUGUCGGUUUUGAACUGUUCUGAACUUCUGAAGCCUCUUGCGGAUUUUCAGUUUUUCCAGUUUUUGAAAAAAGAGUAUGAAAAUAAAUAAUUCAGUUCCUGUGAACUCGGAUUUAUCAUAUUUGGACCCUUUCGAUCGAUUUAGGCUCAUAUUUUCAAUAUUGUCUUGUACCAGGCUCAAAUCGACAAUUUUUCAUUUGAAGAAAUGAAAAAUUUACUGCUUGAGUAGGUACCUACUCAUAUACAAAAAAAGCUAAAAUUUGGUUUAUAGCGUAUUUUUGACCUCUCGAGUUGACUAGCGAUGGUUUUGAAUCUUUCAGGAGCCUUUAGCUGAUUUUUGAGUUCUCCAGUUCCUGAAAAAAUGCUGAAGUGAGUAGAAAUGAAAAUUGAAAUCAGCCCUCUUAAAUUUGGUUUUCUUGGAUAAAAUUUCAGAUUUGAGCCAGUCGGUAAAUCCGAAUUUAUAGUAGCUAAAAGAUCUGUUCAGAUUUGGUGAGAUCGAAUAAAGUCUCCUCUAUUGGAUCUGAUCAGGUCUGAACAGAUCUAAUUGAAUUCAGAGAAAAUGCCCUUCUGAUCAGAUCUGGUUGUGUGGCCUGAUCCAAUUAGACCUCUCAUGAAUUAGAUUUGAUAAGGUCAGAACAACUCUACUAACCCAAUCAAAAUUUUGAACUCAGAUCUGGUUAGGUUUGAUCAGUUCCAAUCAUUUUCUCCUGAGCAGGUUACAUCUCAGGAAAAAAUGACUAUAUCUGAUGAGACCCAACAAGAUCUGAUCAGGUGAUCAGAUUUGACUGUACCUGACUUGAUCUCAUAAGACAUGGUCAAAUGAAGCUGUUCAGACUAUAUCAGAUUCCAAAGGGGAAAGCUGAUUGCAUCUUAUCAGAUCUGAGCAGAUCAGACCUGGUUAUAGAUGCCAAAAUUCUCUGGAUCCAAGUAAUCUGUUCAGACCUAAUCAGAUGCUUUAGAGUAGACCGGAUUAGAUCUGAUAUGAUCCAAUUGUACUGUGAUAUUACCUAACUCGAGUUUUAAUAGCGUUAAGAUGUAAAAUAAGUAGCCAUAAUCCAAUCAAAAAUAUUCCUAAAUUGAUAAAUGUAUUGUAAAUAUCGUGGAAUUUCGAUAACUCGAACUCUGUUAACUCGAAAACUUCAGUAAUUCAAAGCAAAGUCUGUUUCUCUUCAACUCCCCAUAAGACUCGAUGUAAAAUUCAUCUGUUUAUCUCAAAAUAUGUAAAUCUGAUAUCAUGGAUAACUCAAAGUAAAAUUUAUUGAGAAAUAGAGAAAAAGCCUCUGUAAGUCGAACGUUGCCACAUUUUGCUUCUAUGUAUAACUCCAAUUUCUUGUUGGAAAAACUUGUAAUUUUUUUUCUUCAAAAAAUAGAAGGAUUUUUGAAUUAUGGUUUCUCAAGAAAUCAAUGAUACGGAAUUCAAUCUUAAAUGUUCAAAAUUCAAAACGAUCUAAAAUAUCUCAAAAUUGAAGGGAAAUAUUUCAAAUGUUAACGAGUGUAAAUAAUGAAAUUUUAUGGGAAAUAAAUUUUAAAGUUUUGUGAUGAAAGUUGAUUUUUUUUCAAAUUCAAAUUUGAAGUAAGUACCUAUUUUAAAAUUUUGAGAAAAAUUUAAUGAUGAAAUAAAAUCAACAUUUUUUUUCAUUCAUUUACUCAACAUUGUUAUUUGUGCAAAUCAAAAAUGUUCAACGAACCUCCAUAACUCGAACUUCUCUUGAAAACUCCCACAACUCGAAGUCAACUCUUUCUCCCUUCAGCUUCGAGUUAUCGCGAAAUUUUAGCCUUUUUUUAUGCCAAUUUGACCAAUUUUUUUCUAAUGGGAAAUGAGCCAAAUUCGAAUUUUUGAAAAUUCAUCAAAAAUUUAAAAAUGAAUUUCUAUCCCUAAAAUUGUCGGUGGGGGUGUAUUUUGGGAUUCUAUUUCGAUUCCUUUUUGUUUGCUUCAGAAUUUUUUGUACCGGUUGUAAUACGUGUAAUAUUUUAUAAAUAAUAAAGAAUUUUUUUACCUUUUUUUUUUAUUGCAUUAGUUAUUGGAAUAUUAUGCUUUAUAGAAUUAAGUAAACGUACCUACCUUGUCUCAACUCGAUCCUUAGAUCCUCGAAGCGAUAUUUACUUACAAGUAUACUAUCAACAUAGAUAUUUACGAGAUUCUAAAAUUUUGAAUUUUAAUCAAUCGAUCAAUCAUUCGAAAUCGAAAGUUUUGUUCUGUAAUAUCAUGUAUUUUCUCUUUUUCACAAGUUGAACGACCCUUGGGAAUUUUUUUUAUCGUUUUGCGAUCACAGAUGUAAGUGCCAUAAAACAAAUGGUUUGACGUUGAUACUCGUCAAAUUUUUCGGAUUUACGCUUCGUUAGGAUAGUUUACUUACGCUUGAUUUAAUCCGUAUGUUUUUCGUACUCGAGGAAGAAAUAAAUGACACUAAAAUGUACACCUGUUUUGCUACGAUGAAUUUUUUCGACGAAUGUUCAUUUCCCAUUCCCCGUCAUAAACUUCAUCUACGAUCAUCGAAGACGAUAAAAUACGAUAAAGGAAAAAAAAUCUCGUUUGAUAAAAAGGCAAUGAACUCUUCAAAAAAAAAAAAAAAAAAUGAAAA